GAGCCCCUCACACAAGCAAGAAGACCACGGCGAGAAAAGUUUCACUUCAGCUCACAGUUUUGAAGAAGAAAAGGGGAAAAAAUAACGAGGAAAAAAGAAAGAAAAGAAAAGAUGGCAACUAAAACUCAACAACCUCCUCUUCUUCUACUGUCUGAACUCACCGCAGCGCAGUUCAUCGACAUCUGGAGACACUUUGACGCAGACGGAAAUGGCUACAUCGAAGGGAAGGAGCUGGAAAACUUCUUCAGAGAGCUGGAGACUGCGAGACGAGGAGCUGGCGCGGAACCUUCUCAUGCUGCGUUCAAAGAGAAGAUGAAGGAAUUCAUGGCCCAUUUUGACAAGAACGCCGACGGGAGAAUUGAAAUGUCAGAGCUGGCUCAGAUUCUGCCAACAGAGGAAAACUUCCUGCUCUUUUUCAGAGAGUUUGUGGGAUCCAGCAGUGAAUUCAUGGCUGCCUGGAGGAGGUAUGACACGGACCGCAGUGGAUACAUUGAAUCAAACGAGCUGAAGGGCUUCCUGUCAGAUCUGCUGAAGAAGGCAAACAGGAAGUACGACGACAAGAAGCUGAACGAGUACACGCAGACAAUCCUUCGUAUGUUUGAUCUCAACGGUGAUGGAAAGCUGGGACUCUCUGAGAUGGCGAGGCUCCUGCCAGUGCAGGAAAACUUCCUGAUGAAAUUCCAGGGCAUCAGGCUCACGGUGAAAGAGUUCGACUCCCUCUUCACGAUCUACGAUAAGGACGGCAGCGGCUACAUCGAUGAGCAGGAGCUGGAUGCUUUGCUGAAGGACCUUUGUGACAAGAACAAAAUGGACGUGGACCAAUCGGGACUCGGUGGCUACAAGAAGAGCAUCAUGGCUCUGUCCGACGGAGGGAAACUCUACCGCACCGAGCUGGAGAUCGUGCUGUGCCGAGAUUCCGCACUGUGACCUCCCUAAGCCCCGCCUCGCCCGCCCUCCUCCUCUUGAUGUCACCUGGUGCAUGUGUGACCCUUGACCUCUCUACACCACUUAAAGAGCUCUGAAGUGUCCUGCUGACCGUACUGUUUGAGCUCUGUUCUCCCCGCUCUCGAGUAGAUUAUAUUCAUUUGACUUACUGUUUUUAUUAUGCUUUUUUACAUAAAUUGCAUAUCUAUAUACAUAUAUAUAUAUGUGUAUAUAUAUAGAGAGAAAUGUUCCCACUGGAUUUGAAAUGGCGGCUUUUGUUCUCCUGUGUCUCUUCCUUUACCGUAGUUGUAACAUUAUUUAUUUAUUCUGUUUAAUUUGAUAUAUUUUUUUUGUUUUACUUGGUGAAGCUUGAACUGCAAAAUUAAAGAUACUAUAUAUAGAGAGAGAGAUGAAUUCAAUAAAUUUAACCUUACGACAA